AUGAAACACGACACCUCGGGCGGUCCACCUGCAGGUACCCGAGUCUCCCUUCGAGGCGUCGAGCGCAUGGUCUCGGCCACUGACGGCGUGUCCACGAAGCUCGCCCACUCGAUGCUCGUUCGGGGAGACACGGCCAACCUCCUUCGGUUCCUCCCCACUGCCCUUCUCAACACGUUCAACAUGCACCCGCGGAUGCGAGCCCUUCAGGUUCGUGACGAGCUCUUCACGGCCGAGAUCCAAGCACCCGUGACGGCCGAAGACCUUGCCAGCUUACUCCACGUGCGGAUGCUCGCGCCGGCCGACUAUGGCGACGGGGCCCCCUCGAGCUGGCAAGCGUUCGUCGAAAGCGAGUGCAGCAUUGGCUUUGAUCGGUACACCCAACUGCCGUUCUACCUGACCGUGUGGAUGGCCAAGCGCAAGGCCUACGCGCGCUUCAUGCUCUUUUCCGACCAGUACAUGUCGGACAGCUUCUCGGGCGUCGUCGUGCUCCACUGCCUCCUCGAGCAGAUAUCGCUCCUCGCUCGUGCCCAGCACCACGUGCCCUUGAUGCCGACUGCCACGGAGUUCCCACUGCCUCCGUCGCUCUACCGCCUGUGGCUCAAGCGACUCACAUGGGCCAAGCCGCUGCUCAAAGGCACGACCGCUCUCUUCGGUCGACGCCUCUUUCGGGGCCACGUGCACCGGUUCACGCCGCUCGUAUCGGCUCGAAGCGACCAGCAGGACUUUGCCGUACCCCCCGUCACGAACAGCACCUUAGCGCUGUUUGCCGAUGGCGAACCCACGUGCAUGCAGCAAGCGCUGGGCCGCUGCCGACACGAAGGCGUGACGUUGCAAGCCGUGCUGACUGUGGUCGUGCUGCUCGCGUUCUACCGCGUGCAGAGCACUGGCACUGGCCAUCGAGGCCGCUGCUCUUCGCCGUUUCGGGUCGUGCUGGACGUCGACUGCAACAUGCGACCGCACGUGCAGUGCCCUCCAGCGCCCAAUGACGACCACCACCAAGUGGGGCUCUUCACUGCGACGACCGACUUGAGGUGGCUCACUUCCGAAGGCGUCGACGUGCUGGCCACGCGCUUUUGGGACGCUGCCGACCGAGCGACGCGGGAGGUGCAGACGAACCUCAAGCACACGCUAUCGAUGGCACUGCCGACGAUCACUGCGGACCAGAAGCUCAAUGCAACAAUGGACGUCUCGUUCCUCCGGGACGUACGGGUCGCUCACUCCGUCACAGCGGAUGGCGGCGUGGCCGAAGUGGUCCGGUACCCGUUUGCAAAGCACCACUCGCUCACCGCGUGGUCCGAAGCACACGGCCAAAGCGGGUUGCCAUCUCCAUCUCCAUCGUCGUCUCCUGAACAACGGAGCAGUGACCUGAUGCUCUCGUCGGACGACGAAGGAGCGUCGAGUCAGCAGCUCCUUCAACCAGAACGCACCGACUCCACGACGCCACCCGAUGGGUUAUCCAUUGCCAGUCUCCACGUGUACAAGGCACUGCCUCAUCUCGCGCCAUCGGCGACAGUGUUUCUAUCGGCAGUGAAUGCGUUCGGGUACUCGAUGGCGCACAAAGUGGAGCCUGACGUCGCGAACGCGUUGUUCACGACGCUCGUGGUGAUCUUCGAAAGCGUAGGCAGCAUCGGACGCGACGAGACGCUCCUGGACGUCUUGGCCCGCGUCGACACAGACCACGAGUGA